AAAUCAAUUGAGUUAGGUAAUUAGCGGAAAAAUCCAUCAUGUUGGGCGAAAGUAGGUCUGGCAUUGUUUGGUCUAAACAUCUAGUCUAGUCAUUAGCCCGUGAGCGACCUGGGCUAAAAAUAAACACAACUUAAGAAUAUUGGUAACAUCACUAGCUUAGUAGAUUGUAGAUACUCAAGAAUCCGUCGACGUCGACGAUUUUCUACUUUUACAGUCAGAAAAAUUUUUGGUAAUGACAAGUAAAGAAUGAAGUUCAACUAAUUUGGACGGCUAAUUACUCUCCCUUGUACUGCGAGUAAUGAUUGCGGGUUUAACUUCAACAAUUAAACAAACUCCAAACUAGACAGAUAAAUUAAUAAUUAUUGCGAGCCACAUUCAUUUUGUAAUGACACCCAGAUGGAAUAAAUUACUAUUUUAAAAUUUAUGACCUAUAGAUAAAGCCCAAAAAAGGUUUAACUUUAAGCUGCUUCUGUCACAAUAGUUUAAAUUAUGUUUUGUUUGUAAAACAUGGAAAAUUUCCAAUGAAAUAUAUUGUGAAAUUAUUUAUGGUAUCGUAUUAACAUUGAAACGUUUAAAUAACAUUAUGAGUCAGCUGACACACGUGUAGUAUAAUCAUCAUUCAAAUGUGCAUCAGAAGUUCAUAAACUAAAACUAUCCGUGUCAUGUCAUUAAAUACUAGGAAAACGAAACAUUUGGCCCGAGGAAUAAACGAAAUGUCAGAUAAAUCAUACGACCACCGCGACCGAAAUCUUGAUAAAACAACAGCUGUCCAUCGUAAGUAAAUUAUUAUGAAAAAAAUUAUGCAAUUUUCCCAAAACAAUAUCGAAAGAGAAAACCAAAUUUCUUAAAGUUUUCAUGCAUGUUGUUGUACUGAGCAAAUCGUAUUUAUCAAUCCUUUCACGUGAUGACCAUUCAACCCUUCCGGAACGAAGCUCUAUCUAUUCAGGCGAUGAGUUUCCGUUAGAUAAGUUUGUCUGAUUCAAAAGGGAUUGUCUGGAAUCGGCGUUAGUGAAGUGCCGCGAACCGGGUCGUCGGACGAAAUACACCGGGUACCCGGCUCCCGAAUGUUUCGGUGGGAGACGGCGGCUCGCCAGUGCCACGGCGGGAGAGCUCCUGAGCGGCCGCUUGUCGCUCGCUCCCGACACCAAUCCGCGUCAACCUCACCUCUACGAAACAUAGUACUACCAAUGUUCCCGUAAUACACUGUUACUUUAUAAAGUUUCAUAAAACAAGUUUUGAAGUGUCUGCCAUGUAUGUAACUAACAUGACUCUUCUGAGUUCAUAACAGCGCGCUGCUACGAUCGGUGAAGAUGACGCGGUCAGCGACUACGUCACCUCCUCAGCGAUUGCUGGAGCGGUUCGUGAACAGCACGCCGGCGCCCACCACCGCGGCCACGGCCACCAAUGUUGGUGCUGCCGUGCCCAAGCCCAGCGCCAACAACAAACGGCCAACACCAAUCAUCAUAUAUCCUACGGUGACGCCGGAAUCGAUAGUAGUGCCGAUUGUAUCGUGUAUAUUCGGCUUUCCUUUGUUAGCACUCACCGUGAUCUGCUGUUUGAGACGGAGGGCCAAGUUAGCCCGGGAACGUGCGAGACGCCGGAACUGUGAACUUGAUCGUGGAGAACUGUCAGUUGUGAAGAUGUCUCCUGUGAAGACGAAGCCGCGGCCGGUUAGCCUGAUCCGCUCGCCGCGCCCCCCGCCCACGCUCGAACUGGACACCGUGCUCGAAGAAAGAUCUGACCCUGAACAAACUACACUCUCACAAGUCGAGAUAACACCAGAUCGGGAGGUGGGUACCAUAAUCUUCGGUGCUGUCGGCGCGAUGGGCACAGCAGCGGCAGCAGCGGUGGCCAACCGCGACAGCUAGCGACGUGGCUCGGUGCAGCCCGGCGCACGCUCGCCGCUCUGGGCCGCACUGACCAGCCAGCCACUCGACGAGGACGAUGUCGACGACGACGAAACAGCUGGCGAUGACAGCUAGCAGAUAGACGAGCGCUCAAUAGUCGACAUCGGCGAGCGCAUGAAACUAUUCCUGGACAUUCCACUUAGAUUCUAAAGUGACCAAUUAAAAACAAACAAAUAUCUACAAGUGUUCCAAAGUGAAAUCAAUUAUAUCUUAUAUCAGAUUUCUAAACGUGUUAAUGGAUUCUUGAGCGGAAAUUCGAAUUAAUCGGUUUCAUCACGAAUUAAUUGACUAAGUACCGAAUAUUUUAAUGUAUUGUACUUUGUAUCGAUUUCUCUUACAAACAUGUAAUAAGAUAAUACAGUGAGCUGAAUUAAUGGUUAAUGUAAUGGUCGCAUCUGCCCCCUAAAUAAACUUAACAUACAUCAAGUUUAAAAUCAGACACAAUGAAGAGUAGAGUCUCUAUGGCCUGAGUGUCAUCAAAUGAAUUAAAAAAAAACUGAAACUACUAGAGUCGAUCCGAACAGGUCUUUCGUGGUGAUUGAUUACGAAAUUCACUUUAAAUAAUAUUGAUUUGCGUAGUCGAGAUUUUUAUGGCAGCUUUAGGUACUAAAGGUGUAAGCGCCUCGAUAGGCUCAUUGUAAUAAAGAUUAUUAGAUUUGAAAUGAACAUUGUCAAUGAACCGAAACUUGCUAGAUAUAUUUAUUACUGCCUAAGAGGUUGUACUAUACAAAGUAUGUUUAAGACCCCUAGAAAAGCUAUUAACGUACAGUACCUACCAAUCUUUGUUUGAAAAUAAUUAAUUAUAUUAAAAGCUGUGUACUCUAUCAUUAAUUCAAGACCCUUUAUUUAAUGUAAAUAAUUAAUUGAAUACGAACUACCCAGAAAUUGUAUAUAAAUAUGUUUAAAAAUUUGUAAAUAAUAUUUGGCACUAAUUUAAAUGUUGCACAAACCUUCGUCUUAAAUAAAGUUGUGCAAAGCACGAAGUUAAAUAAAAUGCUGAACAAUGACUUGUAAACAUCCAUGUUGCGACCGUGUAGCUUAAUUUACUAUCGAAUAUCUUUGACGUACUUCAUAGUCGGCCUAAAAACAUUUGCAAGCAAUAAAAUAUUCAAUACUUAAACAUCGAUUCUAACUCGCACUACACUUAAUGAGUAGACAAACAGAGCCUACUCAAUUCAAUGCUUAAACUCUUCAAAUACAUUCGUGUGGGUCGGGCACUCGGGUCAAUAAAUGACCUUAUCAUCAAUAAUGUUCUGUGCCAAAUGUUUCUGUACUUGCUAGGUACCGGUACAAGCUUUAAUCUUGUAUUGUAUUGGCAAGCCAAGCUAAAACACGCGUGUUUCGGUCGCUCGGCUCGUGCGGGGUCAUUGAAUUUUACAAAAUCUAAUUGAUUUAACGAACCCCGAUAUUGAAGGGUAAGGCCGGUAUUUAAAAAAAUCAAAAUAGUAAAAUUAUUCCAUUCAAGACGGUCAUGACUGUGUACAUGCCCAGCUGUGGGCUUUGUAGUACUGAAGACAAAACUACAAUCUAGAGCCAAACAAAUAGGUAUAUAGUUCAUUAAGCUACGUUCAAAAUGCGACAUCGAUAAAAAUGAUCAAUUUAAAACCAUGCAAUCACACCUAGAUUGACCUAGAACAAACUAGGUAGAUGUAAAUUAACGGUAUUCGUUAGAUAACGAAAUGUGUAGGAAAGAGUGGAAAUAUAGAGGAAGAAAUAGGAAAGAUAGAUGUAUUAGGAGAUAGAAAAGUUGCUGAAGAUAACGAGGAACUUCCAUCGCCUCUCAAAGCACCUAUAGUUGUGGAAAAGAGAUAGAGCAUCACAUAGCGUAGAUUCUCUCUCUCACCAUUGCAACAGAACUCUUUGAAAGGUGAUUGUAGACCCCAGAUCCAAAGACAAGUAGUCGCAUAAGUACAAUGAGACCAAACCAACGUUACUUAAAAAUAUAAAUAUCUCGUAUAGGUGUGCGAUACACAAUAUACAUGUAAUCUAAGAUACUAAUGAAUAGAAAUCCGAAUUUUUAUUCGUAAUAUCAGCUUUAUAGAUAAAGUAUUGUAAUACAUUAAGUAAGUCACGUGUGAACAUUAUUCAUUCAAAUUUUAGUACAAAAUUACUAACUACCAUUUUAACAUACGAUGUUCUGUGGAAACCAUGAAAAUAAAGUUAUAUAACCUUGCAUAAGUUUAUUGUUAACAUUUGAAAAAAAAACCAAUAGUAUAUUUUUUGUUGCAGCCUCGCAAGGUAUUCAGAUAUAGUUCCACAUAUUGAAAGCCUAAAAAACGACACGUAAAAAAAUUGUAUUCAUGGAACCGAAAAAAUACAGACGAAACAACAAACAAAAACAUUUUUUUUUUAAAUAUGUAUGUACGUACAAAACGUACCUAUCAUAAAAAAGCAAAUGCAUUUUUUUUUUAAUUUUGUGCGCUUUAUUUGUGUAUAGAGCGCAGAUAAUUUUGAAUUAAGAAUGCUGUAAGACAACCCACUCAUUACACAGGCUUUACAUUAAAAAUAAAUUAUAGAAUUGCGUAUGUGCGAUCUGUUGGGAAAUAACGGACUAUUACAAAAUUUUGGUGAAAUUACUCGUAUUUUUGUGUGAUAUUAAUUACCAAUAAUCUUCGGCAGGAUAUUUUUUAAUUUAGGAAAAAAUAUCAUUGUUAUACAACUUCGUGGAUUUUAAAAUUAAAAAAAUAGACAAAAGCCUUAUUUUUAAAAUCGUGUUACAUAAUCUGCCUAUCUUGCGAGGUGUCUCACGCUCCAUUUACCGACGUAUAUGAUAAAUAGUACCUUUAAUGUGUAUGUUUCAAACAAAAUGAAUGUAUCAAUAGAUUAAUAAAGAUCGUUUGUGUUA